AUGGCGGAGAAUCCGCUAAAUUUUGUUGAUUAUGGAACAAAUAAUCAAGAACUGUGGGAACACCACGCCGACGCAAAUGCUUCGGUAACAGCUCUCAAUAAUCAGAGCAUUCAAAAUUCAUCGUGGACGACAAAAAUGCUACCGGCGAACCUUAUGUCCGGUCAAGGUUACUUUUUUGAUACUGUUGCAGUUGGCAGUAAUGUAAAUGUGUUGUCAUACUUGCAGCAGCAUCCGAAUUCAUUUCCAGUCAGUGAUAACGUGCAGUCGUCACUUCAUGAUUCGAGUGCAGCAGCAUUAACUUACAGUUAUCCACCAUCAUGCAGUAUGACGCAUCAUCGAAUGAACAGUGUUCAGAAUAAUUCAAGUGGACAAAAUGAUACCACUUUCCAGCCUCAGCUGCUUUCUAAUUUUUCAGCAGUACCAUUUUCGUCCACAGUUUUUCCAGUUGAUGCUACUCCGAUAUCAGUAGUUCCUCCACAGUCGUAUUCCUCUCUGCCUGACCAAGAUAACAAGUCAGAUUCAGUUGUUAGUUGUGGGUAUUAUCUACCUCCAACUUCUAUGCAGCCUCUUACUAGCGUUGCGUAUAGGAAUAAUACAAAGAAUGAAAUUGGUUUGCAUCACAGCUUCGGAGUUCUUAAUAAACAUUCACAAUCGCAACUGUCAAACGAUCAUUAUCAGAUGAACGGGAAUUAUCCCGGUGGAAUGGGCAAUUUGCAACAAGAAUUUGCUCGAAUGAAUUAUGGGAUACGAUCGACCAGAUAUGUCGAUUUAAUGCAGGAAAGGGAUUUAUUGAAAUAUGGGACCGAUGAUGAAGAGAUUGCUCUUCCACCAACUGUUUGCAAUCCUGAUGCUCGAUGCAAUUUCAGUAUAUUUCGUUGCACACUAAGUUCGGUACCUCAGACCCAAGAACUACUGAAAAAAUCGCGUUUACCAUUUGGACUCACUUUGCAACCAUUUAAAGAUAUAAAGAAUCUGAACAUUAUCCAAACAUCAUCUAUUGUACGAUGUCGCUAUUGUCGUACUUAUAUUAAUCCUUAUAUUUACUUGCCAGAUUCUCGCCACUGGAAGUGUAAUAUUUGCUAUCGCGUUAACGACUUACCGGAUGAUUUUAAUUGGGACCCUGCUACAAAGUCAUUUGGUGAACCAACACAUCGUCCAGAAAUUAAGAACGCAACCAUCGAAUUUAUUGCUCCCUCUGAAUAUAUGUUACGUCCACCGCAGCCGGCAGUUUAUGUGUUUGUAAUGGAUAUCAGUCAAGAUGCUAUUGAAACAGGUUAUCUUUAUACUUUCGUUGAACAGCUUUUGAUUGCUUUGGAACAGCUACCUGGCAACGAACAUACUAUGCUUGGUUUUAUCGGUGCAGAUUCAGCUGUUCACUUCUUUCAGUUUCAAGGAAAAUCACGUCCGCAGCAGCUCAUAGUUGAAGAAUACAGUGAUAUUUUCCUUCCAGUCAAUUGUGGAUUAUUAGUAAAUCUCCGCAAAAACAUUGAUGUGAUACGUUCGUUUAUACAAAGUUUACCUACUCUCUUUGAAUCAAAUUCCUCAACUUCAUGCUGCUUGGGUGCGGCAUUAACUGCUGCACGUGAACUUAUUGCCGAUAUUGGUGGAAGAAUCACCGUAUUCUUAACAAUAAUUCCUGAUUUGGGACCAGGGGCACUCAGAAUUCGAGAGAAUCCAGAUCAACAAGCAGUUUCUGAAGUAUCAAAUUUGUGUCCGACAAAUGACUAUUAUAAGCGUUUAGCGCUUGAAUGCACUGGUCAUCAAAUUGCUGUUGAUUUAUUUUUAAUGAAUAACCGAUACUCUGAUUUGUCAACUUUAGCUGAUAUGUCAAAAUUUAGCACGGGAUGUGUCUUUCACUUCCCAAAUUAUCAUAUAAAUCAUGCACCGAUACAAGUCAAAAGAUUCCAAAAGCAGCUAAAUCGAUAUUUGGUUCGAAAAAUUGGUUUUGAAGCGGUGUUAAGGAUUCGGUGUACAAAAGGCUUGUCAUUGCAUACAUUCUACGGGAAUUUUUUUGUACGCUCAACAGAUCUUUUGGCUAUGGCCAAUGUAAAUCCGGAUUCUGCAAUUGCUGUACAAGUACAGAUGGAAGAGAACCUUAUUGGUAUUAAUACGGCAUGCUUCCAAGCUGCUGUUCUGUACACAUCAAGUCGAGGCGACAGACGAAUACGAAUUCAUACGCUUUGUUUACCGGUAACGAAGGAUCUGUCCACUAUUUUCAGUCAGUUUGAUGUAAAAUGUGCAAUAUCUCUUCUUUCGAAAAUGGCAGUCGAACGCACCUUUAUGGGUGCAAGUUUGACAGAUUCUCGUGAAGCAAUGGUGAAUACUGUUGUUGAUGUAUUUGGUGCUUACAACUCUGCUGUUUCGCGUAUGGAUCGUACCAGUUGUAUGUUAUCACCAGUUACUUCGAUACGUUUGUUACCACUCUAUGUGUUAGGCAUGCUUAAACAUCGAGCAUUCAUAGCAGGACAGUCUAUUAGAUUAGACAGCCGUGUGGCUGCUCUUCUUCUAUUUCGCAGUGCUUCAUUAGAAGUGAUCGAUUUAGAGCUGUAUCCUGCUUUAUAUGAACUCAAUCAUUUUGUUGAAAAUGAAACUGAUCCACCAAGGUUACAUCUCUCUUUCGAACAUAUUAAUCGAAAUGGUGUAUAUUUACUGGAUACAGGCUCAUAUGUUUAUGUAUAUAUUUCAUCAAAUGUUGAAGCAAGCAUUAUAAAGCGUUUAUUUGGUGUUAAUACGUUCGAAAGAAUUGAUGAUGAAGGUCCGUUUGAAGCUCUUGACAACCCAUUUAGUAAUAGAGUACACAAUUUUCUUCGUAAACUUUCUGUUUAUCGGUCUGUGUUCGCUCCUGUGAUACUAAUACGAGAGGAUAGCCCCGUACGCAGUUUAUUCUCCGGGCGUCUGAUUGAUGAUCGUACAGAAUCAUCCCACAGCUAUGUCGAAUUCUUAAAUCAUAUUCGACAAGAAAUGCAGAAGUAG